AUGGCCCUGUGGUCCAAGACGAAAACCCAGUCCAAAGCCGGCUUCGACAAGGUCUAUAACUGGGUCGACAAACUCGGUGCCCCCGUCAACCGCCUAUCCAACAGAGUCGGCGCCGAGGCAUUCUGGCCCACGACGCUCGACAUUGAGUCUGACAAGGCUGCGCGCAUUCUCAAGAGUUUCUGCAAGGAUGGCUUCUACGAGGAAGAAGACCAACCCGCCACCGCCAAUGUGCCCCAAGGGAAGCAGAAAGUGCUCAAGAAGAUCCCGUCCAAGGUCAUACAAAAUGCGAAAGGUCUUUGCAUCUUCACAACCAUGCGGACAGGCUUUUGGGUCUCUGGAUCCGGUGGAGCCGGUAUACUUGUUGCGCGAAAAGAGGACGGCACAUGGUCACCGCCCUCUGGCAUCAUGAUGCAUACAGUCGGCGUGGGCUUUCUCUUAGGCGUGGACAUCUACGACUGUGUCAUUGUCAUCAAUUCAGACAAGGCACUGGAGGCUUUUCAGUCAGUGAGAUGCACCCUGGGCGGGGAAAUCAGCGCGGUCGCAGGUCCAGCUGGUGUUGGGGCCAUGCUGGAUACCGAGAUUCACAAACGGCAGUCCCCCCUCUUCACCUACAUCAAGUCACGAGGAUUCUAUGCCGGCCUUCAACUAGACGGAACCAUUGUCAUCGAACGCACUGAUGAGAAUGAGCGUUUUUAUGGCGAGCGCAUAGGGGUGAAGGACAUAUUGGCUGGAAAAGUGCAGCACGUACCUCAAGAGACAAGAAGACUCCUGGAAACACUCAAAUCAGCCCAAGGCGAUACCGAUGUCGAUGAGUCUUUGAUUCCAGACGAAGCUUCGCCGGGUGACUUUGAGAUCACAAGCCCCGAAGAGAAGACUUUUGGCAUCCCGGACGCUGUUGAUCCCGAUCCAUUUGGUGUGCUUGCGCUACAAGAGGCCGGUCUGGAGAUCAGGGAAGCAGGAACACACAGCCGACCAUCAAGCGAGCAAUUCGAAUUCAAGCCCAGCCCGACGAGUCCUAUUUACAACACCUUUAGAAACUCCACAUAUCGUAGGAGUAUGGACCGGUCGAGCAUUGCCGGGAGCCGACCAUCGAGCUGGCGAAUGAGUAACAUCAGCAGCGUAUUUGAGCCUCGGGCACCAACGGUUGAUAUGAGCACGCAGACCGACGAUCUGCCACCACCUCCUCCGACCAUCAAGAAACCGGCCCCGAAACUACCACCACGAACAAGCGUCGCACCUACGCCUACUACUCCCACGAUAGAGAUACCCGAGACAACGAUCGAACACCCUACCCCGCCACGACCAACGAGUGCCGAAAAGAAGCCCGAAGAGGCUACUCCUACAGCUCCUGAACCGCAACCUCAAGCACAGCCUCAAUCAAGCAAGGCUAUUGAUGACAAAUCGAACGGCUCUCUCCGGAAGGAGGCAUCACAUGAUAAUGCGGAUCUUAACAAAGAUGACGAGGACGAGGAUGAUGAUGAUGAUGAGUUCGAAGAGGAGCCAAUUGUUCAUGAGAUCCAUCAGGCAGCAGCCCCGCAGGCAAUUCGUGCACGCGUCGUCCAAGUGGCGAAGCCCGUUGCCCCGGCCCUGCCUGCCAGGAAUCCCUUCCGCAACCGUAUGUCGACCAACUCAGAUGGAUCACUGAACACAACAUCAGCCAUGCCUUCUCCGACUAUCCCAAAGCAUAGCCCGGAUUCAACUCCUUCCCUCAUGCGUGGAGACUCGACUUCAUCUUUGUCUUCUGUAGAGGACAGCAGACUCGAACAGAUUGGCAACCGACUCAAGCCCAAAUACUCUCACGAGCCAUCGCCAGAACACAACAAGGCAGACAAUGAGGCUCUCCAUUCGCCCCCAGAAUCUCCUAUCAAGAGCAUUCCGGGUGGUUUCAACUAA